UGUCGAGCCUGAAAUAGCGAGGCACAUUUACUAUCACGUGUUUCCGUUUGCAAAUAGAAGCGAGAACCUUUAUAACCACUUUAUGAUAACUGAAUUGGGAUAACACAGUAGCACUUUUUGCAUACAUUAUUAUGUUGUCGGUUGGAAAAUGCUUCUAUUUUGUCCAACGUGUGGAAAUGUGCUGAUCGUGGAGGAGGGUCAAAGAUGCUACAGAUUUGCUUGCAAUACAUGCCCAUAUGUUCACAACAUAACGAGAAAGGUCAAUAAUAGAAAGUACCCCAAACUGAAAGAGGUUGAUGACGUUCUCGGGGGCUCAGCUGCUUGGGAAAACGUGGACUCCACACCAGAACCUUGUCCAAAAUGUGAGCACCCAAGGGCCUAUUUUAUGCAGAUACAAACCAGAUCUGCUGAUGAACCUAUGACAACUUUCUACAAAUGCUGCAAUCCACAAUGUGGGCAUCGGUGGAGAGACUAAAUCAGGCCUCAGAAGUUUUGGCUCAGAGUAUAUGCUCACAAUAGAAUUUACCUUGCUGUUUUCAUAUACAGUUGUGCUCAAAAGUUUGCAUACCCUGGCAGAAAUUGUGAAAUUUUGGCAUUGAUUUGGAAAAUAGGACUGAUCAUGCAAAAAAACUGUCUUUUAUUUAAGGAUAGUGAUCAUAUGAAGCCAUUUAUUAUCACAUAUUUGUUUGGAUCCUUUUUAAAUCAUAAUGAUAACAGAAAUCACCCAAAUGGCCCUGAUCAAAAGUUUAAAACCCUUGAAUGUUUGGCCUUGUUACAGACACACAAAGGUUUAAAUGGCAAUUCAAGGUUAAUUUCCCACACCUGUGGCUUUUUAAAUUGCAGUUAGUGUCUGUGUAUAAAUAGUCAAUGAGUUUGUUAGCGCUCAUGUGGAUGCACUGAGCAGGCUAGAUACUGAGCCAUGAAGAGCAGAAAAGAACUGUCAAAAGACCUGCGUAACAAGGUAAUGGAACUUUAUAAAGAUGGAAAAGGAUAUAAAAUAUAUCCAAAGCCUUGAAAAUGCCAGUCAGAACUGUUCAAUCACUUAAAUGGAAAAUUCGGGGAUCUCUUGAUACCAAGCCAAGGUCAGGUAGACCAAGAAAGAUUUCAGCUACAACUUCCAGAAGAAUUGUUCGGGAUACAAAGAAAAACCCACAGGUAACCUCAGGAGAAAUACAGGCUGCUCUGGAAAAAGAUGGUGUGAUUGUUUCAAUUUAUUUAUAUGCAAUAAAUGCAACAAGUUUACAGCUAGGUUUGUCUGACCUAGCGACUGAAAAAAAAAAUUGUGCGUCAAUAACAUAACCACUCAAAGCUGGUACGGUUUGUCUUUUUUUAUUUGUUUAAAUAAUCAUAAGUCCAUAUGUUUUGUUUAACAUACACAUUUGAGAUUUCAGUUUAGCAUGGCAUCAUGUGUUGUGCCACAGGCUAUUCUCAAGGCAUCUAUCUACAGUUGCUGCAUUCCUGUAACACAAGCUUGACGUUUACUCCGUCUGGCACAGCAUCAAGUCACUUCAUGAAGCAUGUAAACCAAAGUAGUCAAGAGCAUAUUAGAUUAAAGGGAGCCAGCUUGGAUUGUGCAAUAAAAGCCCAGGAACAUGCAUAUAUUUUGACAGUAGAGUAUUUUUCAAUAAUGAAACAGAGACAUCCAUGACGUUUUUAUGUAUGUGUGGAUGAUGAAGAGGUGUCUUUUAUGACACCAGGUAGUGGCUCAUGGGAUGACAUGAAGCAGGUUUAGAUAAGGUACAUUUUCACUCCAAAAAAAAAAGAAAAUGAAGAGUUGGAUUCCCAAGUACUGGAUACUUUGGAGAAAAUAAAAACAAGGUUGCAAAAGUUAUUUUUGUAAUGCCUGGGUAUGCAUCUAUGGCAAAGGUGCAAAUACUAUGAAAAGAUACAGAGAAAGUAACUAUCUAUAACAAGACACUGAGUUUAUAUGCACAUUUACAGAGAGUGCUAAAAAAACUGUACUUGAUGAAUACUAUAAUGUAAAGACAGGGAAAGUCUGACGCUUAACUACAAUGUUGUCGGAUUGUCUACAAGAGAAACAUGAUAUAACAUCUGAAUCAUCUUACAAAAAUGGUAGAAAGCAGAGGUUUAAUGCCAUUUUCAGAUACACCAAUCAGCCACAACAUUAAAACCACCUGCCUAAUAUUGUGUAGGUCCCCCACAUGCUGCCAAA